CACUGACUUCGCUAUCGGGACACUUGCGUCCCAACAUGGACUGACUAACUUCUUACUUUUUAAAAUGUUUUACAUACUAAUAGAGCGUUAGGAUACUGUGAAAAUAAAUGCAUGUGACACAUAGACAUCGAAAAAGUUAGAAUACGGCUCAAGAUGGACAUGUUUAAUAAACUUACGACGCUCUUCCAGCAGGCGUUAGAAACUAGGGAGCCGUCGGUAAAUUUACAGGACUCCUUUGUCGAGCAUUGGAAAGGGAUCACCAACUAUUACAUCGAAACCACCGAUGACCUGAUUCCUGUAAAGGAGACUGAUAUCCCCUGGCGACUCAGACAGAUGCUUGAUAUCUUGGUCUUUGAGGAGAAGCAGCAGGAAUCACAGGAAACGGGGCCCUGCAUGGAGUACCUGCUGCAGCACAAGAUUUUGGAGACACUUUGCACUUUAGGCAAAGCUGAGUACCCUCCAGGGAUGAUCCAGCAGGUUCUUGCUUUCUUCACCAAGAUUCUGACACAGAUCCAGCAGCCACUGCUUCACAUUAUCAAUGUUUACAGGCCAGUCCAGAAGCUGAUUUGCCUCUGUGCACAGACAGGGUCACAGACUGAAAAGGAGGAGGCCCAGUUCCUCUUUGCCAUUUGCUCAAGACUGAAACAGGAUCCUUAUGUGCUCAACUACAUUCUUGGGAUUAAGACAGAGGAACCUGGUAGAAGGUCAUGCUCUUCAUCGGGAAAUGAGGUUCAGCAGGGGGACAGCGAAACCCCCAAUGCAGAAAAAAUGCCUCCUGGACAUCAGAAUGACAGCAGAUAUCCCAGCAGCCCCUGCAGAUCCCCUAGUCAGACCCCGGAGGACAAGAAGCUGAUCCAUGCUUUACUGUUCUUAACAAAAAGCCAGAAAAGCAAAGUUGCAUUAAGAGCCUGUGAAGGCUUGUCGUUGCUGUUGGCCAUACCGAAGGAGGAGACGGCAGAGUGCCUGGUGCAGAAAACACCGGUGUGCGAGAUGGUGGCAGGGAGGCUCAGUGAGCUUUACAGCUCUAUCCCGUUGUCCCUGGAGCCCGUCAAUGUUCACAGCUGCCCUGACGUUCAGUGGAGAGUUCAGUGUUCCCCCAAGACUUCGGAGGAGUCCAGCUCGGUUCCUGGUAGGGAGCAGCUGGAAGCCUUUUUAGCUUGGCUGGACUUCUGCAACCACUUGGUCAAUGAGGCACCAAGGACGUUGUCGAUCAAAUUGGCUAAAGUCAUUCACCAUCAGUGGCUCAUCGCUGUGGUGCAGCCCCAGUUGCUCCAGGUGUCAGAAGCAGGCGUGCUGUUGCACAUGGCCCUGCUCUCCCGCAUUCUGCACCACGUUAGCGCUCCCACCCUCCUGGAGGAGCUGCUCUACUUCAUCCUGGGCAGCCAGAGGAGUUGCGAGCGCCAAGUUGACCCAGAUGCCCCAGUCCUACGCCGGCAACUCAUCGAAAACUGUAACCACAUCUCUGACGAGAUCAGUAUUGCCACCUUGAGGCUGUUUGAGGAACUCCUGCAGAAACCAAAUGAGCACGUGGUGUUCAACCUCGCCCUAAGGAACUUGGAGAGACGUGGUUACAUUGCCCCCGCGGGAGCUGGAGGGGGCGAAGAGCGGCAGCCUGGCGACGCCGAGCCCCUCGAGGAGUCCGUGGAGUUUGAGGAGGACCCUUUCUUCACGGACAUGGACUCUGAAGGCAACUUCAACCAUCUGGAGACGCUGGUGUCCCUACCCCCCCAGCAGCGUGGCCAGGGGGAGCCUGGCGGACAGUCCCAAGCGGCAGACAUUGUGAACAGCUUUCUCUGCCUGGUCCCACAAGAGGCGAAAACAUCUCGGUAUGUCCAGGGAGCGGGAUGUGACACCUACGUUCACGAUGCACAUGAAAUGUUUAAAGACUGCAGAGAGAUCUCACUGAACUGGGGAUGGCCGACAUUCCUCCAGCCUCCAGAGGUGACUCCCCUGGAUUCCUGCUUCUACGAAGGGCACUUCCUCAAAGUACUUUUUGACAGGAUCGCCCAAAUCCUAGAGCAGCCAUAUGAGCUGAACCUGCAGGUGACGUCAGUGCUGUCCAGGCUCGCCUCAUUUCCCCACCCUCACCUGCACGAAUACCUGCUCAAUCCUUAUAUCAGCCUGGCCACCGGAAGCCGCUCCCUCUUCUCUGUUCUUAUCAGGGUGAUAGGAGAUUUGAUGCAGAGGAUCCAGCAUAUCCCAAAUUUCAGCGAGAAGCUUGUCCAUGUCAGAAAGCAGCUGAUGUCACUGGAGCCCGAGUCACUAAUGGAUCAUGUGACCCUGCUGAAAGGGGUUAUAGUCCUGGAAGAAUUCUGCAAGGAACUGGCAGCAAUAGUAUUUGUCAAACUUCCCAUGGAAGAUCUCUGACUCUGUCCUCUUCAUCUCUGGUUCUCACUAGCUUUUACUGACUGUAGUAAACCAUGGGCACACAAAGCCUAAGGAUGCUGUGUGAUUAUUAAAGUGCCCCAAUCAGCGUGUGACAAUUUAACUGGAUUCAACAAACUUUUUUUGGAGAAGACUAUAGUCAUGGCACAUUUCUGUCCGGUGAUUAAUGGAACAGGAAUCAGUAUGCCAAUACUUAAAUAAUCUUCUGUUGUUUUUUUGGACUUCAUGUAAACAGUCUUGGGUUUUGUUUCGAUCAUCUAUCUUAUGUAAAUUUUGUUUUAUCUUUAUCUGUCUUAAUAUUUACUAUUUAUGUUGAAAUAACUUACCCAGGUGAUAUUUACUUUGUGAAAAGUCAGUGGGUGUAAAAUAAGGUGCUUUAUUUUUGGAAAGUUCUUUUCUUUUAAUAUGGACAAAAUGCUUCCAUCCUGCCAUCUGUUGGUCACGAUGAACAGAUAUGGGCGGUUUGCUGUAGAGUUCUUAAAGUUCUGUUUGAACAUUAAACACCCAGUGACGUUCUUUUUA